AUGACCGACCCAAACAAAUCUUCGUUUCUCCUAGACUUUGGUUCUAUUUACUACGAGCUCAACAUCACCUACGACUACUACAACGACACGUUUACCAUAGACCCAGCCACGCAGCCCUGCGACACCUUCACCAGUUCAGAUGUUGCCAUGCUGGUCGUCUGCGUAUUUUACAUCAUCGUCUUCCUGUUGGCGAUUCCUGGGAACUUGGUGGUGGGUUUAGUGAUCGGCACAAACAAGCAGCCCCUGAAUCCCUCUGACCUUUACCUCCUCCACCUGGCCCUCGCAGACCUCCUGCUGGCCAUCACCCUCCCCUUCUGGGCCACCUCUGUGACGCAGGGAUGGGUGUUUGGAGAUGUCAUGUGUAAAAUUGUUACCAUCGUGCAGGAGCUGAGCUUCUACUCGAGCAUUCUCUUCCUGACUUGCAUCAGCAUGGACAGGUACAUGGUGAUUGUGUGGGCAAUGGAGCCCAGCAGGGUCGACCGGCAAUUUGUCAGCUGGGGCCUGUGUGCAGCUGUCUGGAUGGUUGGGGGGCUUCUGUCACUGCCAGGGCUCUUUAGCUCUUCUUUCUUCUCCAAGAACGCCAAUCACAUGGUGUGUGGUGUAAUAUAUAACCCCAGCAGUGCUCACGAUUGGAGGAUGACCACCAGAAUUUUUCGUCACGCUCUGGGUUUCGUCAUCCCCUUGGCCAUCAUGGUGCCCUGUUACACGAUAACCGUUCAGCGCCUCUAUCGCAUCCGGGGCGGUUUCCAGCGCCAACGAGCAAUGAGGGUUAUCAUCUGCGUGGUUGUCGCCUUCCUUCUUUGUUGGAUGCCGUACCACGUCGCUGUGAUGGCCGACACGUUCUUCAGAGCAAAGAUCGUACCCUACCGGUGCCCAGAGAGGAGGGCGGUGGAUCAGGCCAUGUUUGCCACCCAGAGCCUGGGCCUCCUCCACAGCUGCGUGAACCCAGUGCUCUAUGCAUUUGUGGGAGAGAAGUUCAGGAAGAAGCUGCUGCAAAAAUUAGGAAAGAUGGGCCUUCUGAAGAAAACGUCAGUUUCCAGAACAAGCCGGUCGUCAGUGUCAUCAGAAAUCACAUCCACAUUCAUGUGA